AUGGCUCCAGCAGGACACUCCUGGAUGUGGAUGGUCGGUGCCCUGAUCACAGCCCUGAUUCUGGGGGUGACAGAGUCUGUUCUUGCAAAUGAUGUUACCUCCUGCAACAACCCCUCCGACACUGGGUCCUCUGGAAGCACCCGGGACACUGGAGCUGGGGCCCAGGAGGACACCAGGGCAGACGAAGGAAGCAGCAGCAGCCGCAUUGUGAAUGGGACCGACUGCGAGAUGCACGCCCAGCCGUGGCAGGGUGCGCUGUUGCUGCCGGCCAGCCAACUCUACUGUGGGGCCGUGCUGGUGAAUCCGCAGUGGCUGCUCACAGCGGCCCACUGCCGGAAGCCAUUUUACAGAAUUCGUCUUGGCCACCAUUCCUUGUCGCCCGUUUAUGAAACUGGGCAGCAGUUGUUCAAAGGGAUCAAAUCUAUCCCACAUCCUGGCUAUUCCCAUCCUGGCCACUCCAACGACCUCAUGCUCAUCAAACUGAACAGAAGAAUCCGUCAGACUCAGGCUGUUAAGCCCAUCAACAUCUCCUCCCACUGUCCCACUGCUGGGACCAGCUGCUUGGUUUCUGGCUGGGGAACAACCAGCAGCCCCCAAGUUAAAUUCCCCAAGGUCCUCCAGUGCUUGAACAUCACUGUGCUAAGUACCAACAGGUGUAAAGAGGCUUAUCCAGGACAGAUAGAUUCCACUAUGUUCUGCGCUGGUGAUGAGGCGGGCAGAGAUUCCUGCCAGGGUGAUUCCGGGGGGCCUGUGAUCUGCAAUGGCUCCCUACAGGGCCUCGUGUCCUGGGGAGACUUUCCCUGUGCCCAGCCCAACAGACCUGGCGUCUACACCAACCUCUGCCAAUUCACUAAGUGGAUCAAGGACACCAUCCAGUCCAACUCGUGAGGCAUCCCAGGACCUGGCAUUCUGGUGUGCCCCACCCUCUGCUGUCCUCACUCCGGCAGGAACCGUGACACUCUUUCCACACCCCUGUUCCUUCCUGAGGAUGUUGGGGUUGUUAAUCUCUCCAGCCCCUCCCCAAGUCUCCUGGAAUCACGGUCCCCCUUCCCAGCCCUGGGCUGACCCUAUCUUUCCAGUCAGGUCCUAGAGAGAGUUUCCCAGAAUGACCAAGGUGAGGGCUGCACCUCAGUCUCCCCCAUGCUUCCUUCCUCAGGCCCAGAGACUGUCCUCGUUCUGCAGCUAUGACCCAAAUUUGGUCCCAGAAAUAAAGCAUCUGAGGAGAAGU